UUGGAUGUAAAUGUAUAGCUUGAUUAAAAAUAUUGGAAUAUUAUUUGAGUAUUUAGUACUGUUGAACUUAAUAUAGGAAAUAUGGAUAGCAUAGUAUUUAUUUUAGAUGUUAUGAGUUAGUUUAGAAUUGAAAUAUUCUUAUCAUGUCAAAUCAAGUUACACAAUUUGUAGCGGGUUUAAAGUCCCGCAAUGUCGAUAUACAAACUAAAACAGCUCGGGAGCUUUAUCAUUAUGCAAAAACAGAAUUACGUGAAGUACCACAAGAGGAACUUACCCAAUUCCUCGAUGAAUUUAACCAUCAAAUAUUUGAAAUGGUUUCAAGCAAUGAUGUUCAUGAAAAGAAAGGAGGAGUGCUGGCUAUCGUUUGCCUCAUUGGUGGUGACUGUGAUACAACCAAAACUCGAAUUACAAGGUUUGCAAAUUACUUGAGAAAUCUACUUCCUUCCUCCGAUGUUGGUGUAAUGGAAUUAGCUGCAAAAACAGUUGGACGAUUGGCAACAGUGUCCGGUGUGAAACGAGCUGAAUAUGUUGAAUUUGAAGUAAAAAGGGCCUUCGAGUGGUUAUCAGAAGAACGGAAUGAGGGGAGGCGACAUUCAGCUGUUUUAUUGCUUAAAGAAUUAGCUAUUGCUAUGCCAACAUAUUUCUAUCAACAAGUUUCCGGUUUCUUUGAUCACAUAUUGGUAGCCUUGAAGGAUCCAAAGCAACAGAUAAGAGAAGCAGCGGCCAAAGCUCUUAGAGCUGGACUUGUUGUCACUGCUCAAAGGGAAACUGCCAAGCAGUCAACAGCAAAGCCACAAUGGUAUUUGCAAUGCUAUGAAGAGGCUAUGGUGUCUUUUGAAGACAUUCCUUUUAAAGAAAAAGGUAUUACUAAAGAGGAUAAAGUGCAUGGAGGUCUUCUUAUCCUAAAUGAACUCUUGAGGUGUUCUAAUGCAGAAUGGGAGAAAAAGUAUACACAUUUAAUGCAAAGCUUAGAUACGCAAAGAGAUAUAACUGUUUCUGAUGAUAUUAUUUUUAUAAGUUCAAAGUUACAUAGUCCUUCAGUGAAGAGAGGUUACCUUUGUGAUGGUUUCAAGACCGAGAAUGUCCAGUAUCCUGUACCAAUAUAUGAGUCUGAAGUUUGUAAAAAGCUACUAAAUGAAGAGUAUGAUAGAAUUUGUCAAGAUGUGAUGAACCAGAGACUUUUUAAGACUCAAGGAGUUCCCCAAAUUCUUCUGAUAAUUAUACCAAGGCUAGCUGCAUUUAACAAAGAACUUUUCCUAAAGAAAUACCUUAACUCCACUAUGCAUUACUUAUUGACGUCACUUAGAAGUAGAGAGAAGGAUAAGAACAUGGCAUUUACUACAUUAGGCUUAAUGGCUGCAGCAAUAGAAGGUGAUAUUAAAAACUACAUACGCACUAUAAUGGAUUUCAUAAAGCAAGCUUUACCAGUUAGAGAUUCCCAGACCAAAAAAAGAAUGUGGAUUGAUCCAUCCAUUUUUGCAUGUAUUACUUUACUGGGUAGCGCUGUAAAGGAUUUAGUGAUCAGUGACAUUAAAGAACUUUUAGAUGCAAUGUUUGCAACUGGUCUAAGUCCAUCGCUGACCAUUUGCCUUAAGGAGUUGAGUGAAAACCUACCAUCACUCAGAGAAGAAAUAUCAGAAGGCUUGCUUAAUAUGUUGUCACUGGUUUUGAGGAAUAAACCAUUCCUCCAUCCUGGUGUUCCUAGAAGUAUGGAACAACAGAGUAGUAUGAGUCUAGUCAUGGAGCCACACGAUACGGCAAUUAUCGUUUUGGCUUUACGAACAUUAGGUACAUUUCAAUUUGAAGGCCAACAUAGUUUGCUUACAUUCGUGAGGCGAUGCGCCGAUCACUUUUUACAAAGCGAACAACAAGAAAUUAGAUUGGAAGCAGUCAAAACUGCUGCUAAAUUGUUGGCCGAUGCCACUGUGAGGACAAAGAAUAAUCCUUCUAGAACUCUAACCAUGCUGACUGCCGAAGUUGUGGGCAAAAUGUUGGUAGUGUCUGUCACAGAUCCGGAGUAUGAAGUGCGCUACUGGGUUUUAGAAUCAUUGACUGAAAUAUUCAACACACAUUUAGCACAAAUAGAAAAUCUUAGCUUUCUAUUUAUAGCGAUGAACGACGAGCAUUUAGAAAUACGUGAGCUAGCUAUUUGUACCAUAGGACGACUGAGCACCGUUAACCCGGCAUACAUUAUGCCCGGUCUUCGAAAGACUUUGAUACAAUUUUUGACUGAGUUAGAACAUUCUGGAAUGAGUAGGAACAAGGAGCAGGCGGCUAGAAUGCUCGAUAAUUUGAUAUUGCACGCCCCGAAACUCGUUAAACCAUACAUGGAAACAAUUCUUAAUGUUUUAGUACCAAAGCUUAAAGAGUCUGACUCUAAUCCAGGCGUAGUAAUUAGCGUUUUAAAGGCAAUAGGGGACUUGGCCGAUGUUCACGGGGAUAGCAGCGGCCUUAAGAAAUGUCUGCCUGAGCUAUUAAGCAUUCUUCUGGAACUUCUUUCCGAUGCUAGUGCGACUGAUAAGAGAAGUGUUGCUCUGUGGGCAUUCGGUCAAUUGAUCAGUGCGACGGGUUACGUAGUCACUCCAUACACAGAAUAUCCUAACCUAAUGGAUGUCCUAUUGAAUUUCCUGAAAACAGAGCAACAACCCAAAGAUCGAAGGGAAACUAUACGAGUCUUGGGUUUAUUGGGAGCCCUAGAUCCUUACAAACAUAAACUGACCCGGGGUUUAAUUGACGGGCAGCCGGAUUCCAGUCUCGUCCCGGUCGCCGAUAGUAAAGCUGAAGAAAACAAUUUCGAUAUGACUACGAGCGAAAUGUUGGUCAAUAUGUCAUCGACACUCUUGGAUGAGUAUUAUCCUGCUAUCGUCAUAUCAACACUCAUGCGAAUACUUCGUGAUCCGACGCUACAACAGCACCACACGAGCGUGGUACAAGCUGUCACUUUUAUAUUCCAAUCCUUGGGCAUUAAAUGUGUCCCCUACAUAUCCCGAGUCACUCCCAGUCUUUUGUACGUAGCUCGAGCGACAGAUAGUAAUAAUUUCCGAGAAUUCUUAUUCACGCAGCUCGCUAAAUUGAUUGCGAUCGUAAAGCAGCACAUUCGUAAUUAUUUGGAUAAAAUUUUCGAUUUGAUCAAGGAAUUUUGGUCGCCGAACAGCGCUUUGCAACCAACUUUGAUAUUGCUGGUGGAACACAUCGCUGUUGCUCUCGGGUCUGAAUUCAAAGUUUACCUGCCGCAGCUGAUGCCACACAUAUUACGUGUUCUCGCACAUGAUACCAGUAAAGACAGAUUCGUGACGGAAAAACUCCUGUACGCUUUGCAAAAAUUUGAGGACAACCUCGACGAUUAUAUGCACUUGAUUAUACCUUCUAUAGUAAAAUUGUUCGAUGCGACGGACUGUCCUAUUCCCGUGGCGAAAGUUGCUAUGGAGACAGUCGACUAUCUAUCAGAUUCCUUGAAUUACAGUGAGCUAGUUUCUAGAAUCAUUCAUCCGUUGGUCAGAAGCUUGGACACGUGUCCUGCACUACGCACCACAGCAAUGGACACUUUAUGUGCAUUAAUUAUACAGCUUGGUAGGAAAUACACGGACUUCAUACCUUUAGUGCAAAAAGUUAUCGUAAAGCAUAAAAUUCAACAUCAAAACUAUGAGCUUUUGCUAACGAAAAUUCAAUCCACUUCGACAUUGGGAGUCGAUGAUGGCCUACAAAGUACUCGAAGGAAACCGAGAAAUAAUAAUCAAGAAGCUCGCAUAGUAUUCGCGGAUACGUCGCAGGCUAUACGCAAGCUGUUCGUGAACGCGCACAACUUGAAAGUGGCGUGGACAGUCAGCAGUCGCGUGUCCAAAGACGACUGGCUGGAGUGGCUGCGUCGCUUUAGCAUUGGCCUCCUGACCGAAUCUCAUAGUCCUGCUCUUAGAGCAUGUCUAGCGUUAGCUCACAACUACUCUCAACUACUUCGAGAUCUCUUUAACGCGGCGUUCGUAUCGUGUUGGACUGAGUUAGAGUCGCCAGCCCGGGCUGAUCUGUCCAGUGCUCUAGAACAAGCGCUGACAGCGCCUGAUGCACCAGAGUUGGCGCAUACCGUGCUGAACCUCGCAGAGUUCAUGGAGCACUGCGAGGGCGGAGCCCUACCCAUACCGACCAGUACGCUCGGCGAACGCGCUAUGCGCUGUAGGGCAUAUGCCAAAGCUCUUCAUUAUAAGGAGGAAGAAUUCAGAAGUGGUGCUACAUCUCAAGUAGUGGAAGCUCUUAUACAUAUAAAUAAUAAAUUACAACAGAAAGAAGCAGCUGAGGGCUUGUUGGAGAGGGUGAUGGCACAACGUGAGGCGGGUGACGCAGACCUGCAGGUCCAGAUACGAUGGUAUGAGAAAUUACACAACUGGGAGAAAGCACUCAAUUUGUAUGACGAUGCAUUAACCGCUGACCCUGAGAAUAUUGAAGCGUGUUUGGGCGAAUUGAGAUGUUUCGAAGCCCUCGGCGAAUGGGUCAAGUUAUACACAACCGUCUCCAAACAAUGGCCCAAUAUGUGCGACGAUGAAAAGUUCCAAGCGGCCAAACUUGCCGCAGCGGCCUCUUGGGGAAUGAGCGAAUGGGAAUCUAUGGCGAACUACGUCAGCUUUCUCCCAGAAAAUACCCAAGAUGGUGCCUUCUACAGAGCAGUUCUAAAUAUUCACAAAGGCGAUUACAAUGUAUCGAAAAUGUAUAUUGACCAAGCUAGAUCAUUGUUAGACUCAGAACUAACAGCCGUAGCCGGUGAGAGCUACCAGCGUGCGUAUGGUGCUCUAGUUAGUGCUCAACUUCUUGCUGAAUUAGAAGAAGUUAUCACUUAUAAGUUGGUAGUGGAAAGAAGGGAAUCUAUUAGACAAGCGUGGUGGACUAGACUUCAAGGUGGCCAGAGAUUAGUUGAAGAUUGGCGCAAAAUCCUACAAGUGCGUAGCUUGGUGUUGACGCCUCAAGAAAAUAUGGCGACGUGGCUCAAAUUUGCCUCGCUUUGUAGAAAGAGUGGAGCUCCGAGACAAGCUCAUAGGACUUUGGUGAUGUUGUUGGGCAUAGAUCCGAGCAAGAACCGUGAUUUACCGUUGCCCACUCACGAACCUAGAUUGACCCUUGCAUAUGCAAAACAUUUAUGGGUAGCUGGAGACAAACAGUUGGCUUACGAUCAACUGCAACGCUACGUUGAUACGGUUGAAACGGGCGACGCUGAACAUUGUAGGCUUUUAGCUCGUUGUCAUCUAAAACUUGGAUCAUGGUGCGAAUCUCUCUUGGGCAUAAAUGAGCUCUCUAUCCCAGAAAUACUGCGCAAUUACGCGGCGGCGACCAAUCUAUCCUCUGAUUGGUACAAAGCGUGGCAUGCCUGGGCUUAUAUGAAUUUCGAAACCGUUUUAUUCUACAAACAUCAAGAAACUAAUAAUGAUAAUUCUGAAACCAAAAAGACAACUCCGGAGUUUAUUCAACAGCAUACUGUCCCAGCCGUUGAGGGUUUCUUCAAAUCUAUCAAUCUAUCGCACGGAAGUUCAUUACAAGAUACAUUGCGUUUACUAACAUUGUGGUUCGAUUACGGACACCAUCCUGCCGUUCACGAGGCUUUGGUAGAGGGGAUUAGGACUAUCGAAAUAAAUGUAUGGCUUCAAGUGAUACCGCAAUUGAUCGCACGAAUAGAUACACCCAGGGCUUUAGUUGGGAAAUUAAUUCACUCACUAUUAAUCGAUAUCGGCAAGUCUCAUCCACAAGCUUUGGUGUACCCACUCACUGUAGCUUCAAAAUCCUCAUUCGUGGCACGAAAGAACGCCGCGAAUCAAGUUUUAAAAUCGAUGUGUACCCAUUCAAUGAAUUUGGUGAAUCAAGCGGCCAUGAUUUCCGAAGAACUUAUCAGAGUAGCAAUACUCUGGCAUGAACAGUGGCACGAGGCGCUCGAAGAAGCUUCUAGAUUAUAUUUCAGUGAACACGACGUCAAGGCAAUGUUUAAGACUUUGGAACCAUUGCAUGCGAUGCUUGAGAGAGGACCAAAUACAUCCAAAGAGGCGUCCUUUACUCAGGCAUAUGGAAGAGAUUUGAAUGAGGCACAAGAAUGGUGCAACCGAUACAAGGAGUCUGGUCAGGUGCGCGACCUGAAUCAGGCUUGGGACCUGUACUACCACGUGUUCCGGCGCAUCAGCCGGCAGCUGCCACAACUGACCACGUUGGAGCUGCAGUAUGUUAGCCCGCGUCUGCUCAGCUGCCGCGAGCUCGAGCUGGCCGUCCCCGGCUCCUAUGUGCCCGACUCGGACCUUAUACGUAUCGCCCAUAUACAGAGCAGCUUGCAGGUGAUAACAUCAAAACAAAGACCUCGUCGCCUCUGCAUCCGUGGCUCGAAUGGCAAAGACUACAUGUUUUUGUUGAAAGGUCACGAGGAUUUACGUCAGGAUGAACGGGUGAUGCAACUCUUUGGUCUAGUCAAUACGUUACUUCAAGCCGACCCUGACACUUUCCGAAGAGAUUUGGCCAUACAACGAUACGCAGUUAUACCACUAUCGACUAACUCCGGACUUAUCGGUUGGGUACCUCACUGCGACACGUUACAUUCUCUGAUCAGAGACUACAGGGAUAAACGAAAAAUUUUACUUAACAUAGAGCAUAGGAUAAUGCAACGAAUGGCUUCCGAUUUAGAGAAGUUAAUGCUAAUGCAAAAGGUUGAAGUAUUCGAACACGCUCUAGAGCACACAGCCGGCGAUGAUUUAGCCAAGUUGCUAUGGCUGAAGAGUCCCUCAUCCGAGGUGUGGUUUGAGCGGCGCACCAACUACACACGGUCACUGGCCGUCAUGAGCAUGGUGGGCUACAUCCUCGGCCUCGGAGACAGGCACCCCUCAAACAUCAUGCUGGACAGGGUCACCGGAAAGUUCCUGCACAUUGACUUUGGGGACUGCUUCGAAGUGGCAGUCACCAGAGAAAAGUUCCCAGAGAAGAUACCAUUCAGAUUAACUAGGAUGCUCAUCAAUGCUAUGGAGGUAACCGGUAUUGAAGGUACGUAUCGAAGGACCUGUGAAUCAGUAAUGGAAGUGCUGCACAGACACAAGGACAGUGUGAUGGCGGUGCUCGAGGCUUUCGUAUAUGAUCCUCUCCUCAACUGGCGACUUAUCGAUGCCGGGAGACGCUCCAGAGGCGACGGAGAUGCAUCCGAAAUACCCACAUCUCCGAUAACAUUCAAAACCAGACCACAGAUCGGAGUAAAUGAUACUCUAGACCAGCCAGCGGAGACAAAUCUCAAUAAAAGAGCAUUAGUCAUUGUUAAUCGAGUAAGAGACAAAUUGACAGGUCGAGAUUUUACACAUAUAGAUGAUUUAUCUUGCAUUUCAGUACAGAAACAAGUCGAACUGUUGAUACAACAGGCAACAAGUAAUGAAAAUCUUUGCCAAUGUUAUGUAGGAUGGUGUCCAUUCUGCGGCACUUUCAAACGGCAGUCACAUCACAAGGGACGUUCAAUCAUAAAGCAAGAUAUAAUCAACGAUCGUUUGCUUUAAUCAGUUGGACGGUGACCGCUCCCAAUAUCGCACCGACCCGUACUUUCUCGAUACCAUAUUACGAAACAUUCGAGGCCUU